AUGUCAGUUACUCCUUAUUUUCGAAAAGCAAGUAUAAUAUCAGAAGUUGGAUGGGAAUUGCAAAGAGGGUUUUUAUCUAGUGAUCCUCCUUCUCCCAAAUCUCCCCAAAGAGCUGAUACUAGAUAUCUACCUUUACAACUAUGUUAUUUGAUUAGAAAUUUCAGGCAUAUUGAUUCUGAAAAUAGAACACUAGAGCUUCACUCUCCGGACAGUGUACAUGCUUGCGUGCUAAGAGCAUCAGAUGCCGCAGAAGCAGCAGCAUGGUUUAACACCUUGCAUUCUGCUUUGGCAGUUCUCACAGAAAGAGCACUUAAAGUGGCAUCCAAUGUAUUAACAAAUAUUUUAGGAGAAUUAAGACAUAUUGGAUGGCUUUCCAGAAAACCGCCUUCAUUAAAUGACAGGUGUAGUUCUGAAAGUAGUGAAGAUAACGAUAAAUGGCAAUCAAUUUUUGCUGCUAUUACUGAUAGAGAAUUAAGGCUAUAUGAGUCGGCACCUUGGAGUAUUGAAGCAUGGGCAGCAUCACUAGAAACUUACCCUUUACUUUCUACUAGAUUAGUUAGUUCAACUAGACAAACUGACUCAAUUGUUUUUAAUGUAAGAUGUGGCACAGGAGAAGGUGUUAUUACUCAUUUCCUCAGGGCAGAAACUCAUAGAGAUUUAGCUGCUUGGGCUAGAGCUCUAGUUCAAGGGGCCCAUCAAUGUGUUUCAAAUCAAAGAGAAUUAGUCUGUCGUUGCUUAUACCAGGGUCAACCUUGUCAAUUAAUACUUCAUUACGAGAAUGGUUUUAAAUUAAUCGAAAGGGGUAGUUUUUCAAUAUCAGGGAGAGAAGGAAGAGUAUUGUGGGCAUUUCCUUUUGAGAAAUUAAGAGCUUCAGCAGAUGAUGGGGCAAGACUACUAUGGUUAGAUUUUGGAGGAGAGGAUGGUGAAAUUGAAUUAGAUUUAGAAGCUUGUCCAAAGCCAAUGGUUUUUAUAUUGCAUAAUUUUUUAUCUGCAAAAAUACAUAGGCUGGGAUUAAUAGCUUAA